AUGAAAUGGAAUAAAGGUGCAAAAGAAGGUGUGAUUGUUGUUGGAGGUCAUGGUGAAGGAAAUGCUCUGACACAAUUAUAUCAUCCUUUCGGACUCUUCGUCGACACGAUGGGUACCAUCUAUGUAGUAGAUUCGGCAAAUCAUCGAGUAAUGCGUUGGACUAAAGGAGCAACGCAAGGCACUGUCAUUGUAGGUGGACAUGGGCAAGGAGCAGGAGCAAAUCAACUCUGUACUCCCAGCGGAUUGUCUUUCGAUCGACAAGGCAAUCUCUAUGUCGUCGAUACUUGGAAUAAUCGUGUACAAUUUUUUUCAAUUGAAUAA